AUGUCGACGUCUGAAGAACAGCCUGGCCUGCCUCCAUUUCCCGAGCUGCGCAUAAUGACUGUUCCCGACCACGAACUAGUCUCUCAGGACGGCAGCCUCAAGUUGGACAUUUACCGCGUCGGGUGGCAAAUCCAGAGAGAUAUUCGCAACGACAUAGAACCUUGGCUGAGGUACUUCAAAGUGAAGAUUCAAACAGCCGAUGACAAUCAAAUAGGAUACAUGACAUACAGACUCGUCAACGGCGGUUAUAUUGAUGAUUUCCACGAGGAAUUUCAGAUGUCCGAACAUGGCGCCGAGCAAUUGGAAACCAUAGGGAGUCUUCUAUUCACCAAGGACGGCACAUUUCAACCUAGAUGGUACAGCCAGCCAUACGUCGGCACAGGCAUCUUUGGCGCCGAGCUCAGUGCAACAAAAGCGAAAAUUGCUCUGCUCGACUGCACACCACAAGACCAUCUUUUUGUCCUCGACGAGUCUCGCCGUCGCCGUGUUGGCCUACUAGCCGUGCGCACACUCCUAGAGUCCCUUAGAGCAGAGGGCGUCAAAUUUGCUCUGACCUGGCCAUCUGUGCCCCGCAUACAACCGGAAUUAGUGGGGACGGCCACUGAACAGCGCCUGCUGCGGCGGAAUCUUGCCUUCACGCGGAAGGUGGGCUUCCGCAGAGUAGGCACCUCUCCGGUAUUCGCCUACAUGCUCCAAGACGCGGACCAUCCCUCCCACCAGCUGAAGAUAGAGAGCGACGUCUUCGCUAUCGAUGCUAUGUUGACUGUCAUCAGCUAUCUGUUUGGAUUAUGCAUUCUCAGUUCCUCGGGCUCUACAUGCGUCGCCUACAGACCACCUCAGGUAGCUUUGGCGCCCCUGCGAGCUUGUCCGCUCACUUUGAGGCUCCUAAGGCUUCCAUCCGGCACCGACCUUGCAGAAAAACGUAACUUCCACGUUGUAGUAUUCUCCCUCCAAUUCUACACUCUAGCAACGCCUGUUCCUUCCAAGCCUGUGCAACGACAGGAAGCAGGUGUUGCCCAGGACUCCGAACCCGAAGGCCUUGAGGGCCACCAGUUACGAGGCAGAAUCCUCUACAAAAUCACAGAAUCACAGCAUCAAAUAGGCUUCAGGUGGUCAUUCCGUCUUUGA